AUGUCUGAGCUGUCCGAGCUGCAAGCGAUUCCCUUCCAGGAUGUUUUCCAGGAGGAGAAGUGCCAGGACCAUUGCGACAAGUACCUUUCACACGUGGUUGAAUCGCUUGGGGCGUUGUGGGCUCAGGGCAUCCGCCCAGCCACGUGGAAUGCCCCCCUGCCAGUCAACGUGCCCCAGAUAGAGGCCAAUGAUCUUCCAGCCCCGGCUGCUGAUGAGGAGGGACAGCAUGAAGCUCACCAGACUCCGGAUCCAGCUCCGGGGCGCAUGCAGCAUGAGGACGACGCUGUUACCAUGACCGAUGAAGAGACACUGUUCGUCCCACCUCGCCUCAGCGAGGACGAGCUUCUUGGGAUGCCAACGGCCAACCAGCUUCUUGCAGGCCAACUGGGACUUCCCGAGUUCUCGUCGGAAACGCGUUUUCUUCUCCGCGUGGAGCCUUGCAACGCCUGA